UCUUUCUCCCCACCCGAAGGAGGUCUUACACAUUUGGUGGUUCAUAACAAAACCGGCGAGGUCUACCUCGGUGCUGUCAAUUGGAUCUUCAAGCUAUCCGGCAACCUCACCAAGCUGCGAAGCCAUGUUACCGGUCCCGUCACGGACAACCCCCGGUGCUACCCCCCGCCUGGUGUCCAGUCCUGCCCCCAUGAGCUGGUGCAGACCUCCAACGUCAACAAACUCCUACUUCUCGACGCCUCCCACAACCGUUUGAUUGCAUGCGGAAGUACAUCACAGGGAAUUUGCCAGUUUCUGCGACUGGAUGAUUUGUUCAAGCUCGGCGAGCCCCACCAUCGUAAAGAGCACUACCUAUCCAGCGUUGCUGAGGCGGGCACCAUGUCGGGUGUGGUGAUCGCUCCGGAUCUUUUUGGCGGAGGCGGAAAACUUUUCGUGGGAACGCCCAUCGACGGGAAAUCUGAAUAUUUCCCUACACUGUCGAGCCGCAAGUUGAUGUCCAAUGAGGAGAACGCCGACAUGUUCAGCUUCGUCUACCAGGAUGAGUUUGUUUCCUCACAGCUCAAGAUUCCUUCGGACACCCUGUCCAAGUUCCCAGCCUUUGACAUCUACUACAUCUACGGCUUCAACAGUGAGCAGUUUGUGUAUUACCUCACCUUACAGCUUGAUACCCAGCUCACCUCACCAGAUGCAAGCAGCGAGCAGUUCUUCACUUCUAAAAUCGUCCGCCUGUGCGUGGAUGAUCCCAAGUUCUACUCCUACGUCGAAUUUCCCAUUGGUUGUACCAAGGAUGGAGUGGAGUACCGCUUAGUUCAAGACGCUUAUUUGGCCCGUCCAGGGACCCGCCUGGCGCGCUCGCUUGGUAUUCAGGACCAUGAGGAGGUUCUGUUUACUGUAUUUGCCCAGGGUCAGAAGAACAGGGCCAAGCCUCCCAGGGAGUCGGCUUUGUGUCUGUUCACACUGAGAAGGAUAAAGGAGAAGAUUAAAGAGAGGAUUCAGUCGUGCUACAGAGGAGAGGGGAAACUUUCCCUACCCUGGCUGCUCAACAAGGAGCUGGCAUGCAUCAACUCGCCUUUGCAGAUAGACGACAAUUUCUGCGGCCAGGACUUCAACCAGCCUCUAGGGGGCACCACCACCAUCGAGGGCAUUCCUCUCUUCGUAGACAAGGACGACGGCAUGACCUCGGUGGCCGCCUACGACUACCGAGGACACACUGUGGCCUUCACCGGCACUCGCAGUGGGCGCAUGAAGAAGGAUGGAGGGAGGAAGGUGAGUGUAGAGGUAGGAGCUGCCAGGAUCCUCACGCAGAUCGAUACAGAUGCUGGCAGAGCGCGGAGCCAUGCGUUGGAGCUGGGAAUGAGCAGGACGGGAGGCAGCCAUAAACAUCGUAGUGAUUCAACUAUAUCUGUAUCGUGA